GUUUAUAUGGCAAUAUAUUUACAUUUAUGACAUUCCGAAAAUUUUAACAAAGUGUAUUUUAUAAAAUUUUACAUCAAUUAUAAUCAAAGUCUUUACUUCGAAGAUGGGCGAAGGCAAAUGCACAUUCGGCACAAGAAUGCCGAUCGACAUCCACAUGCUGAACGAGAUUAUACACCGCGAGGUGAAGCAUUUCCGCAACUACAAGAUUUACAGACCCAACUUUGGAUCUAUCCCCGUAACUGGGAAAUUUUACGCUGCGCAUGAUCAACUGAAGUCUGAAUCGAGGGAGCAAACCGAGAAAGUGGACAACUAUCACCAGAAUGUGGCACAGACAAGAGCUAAAGGCCCACACAGCAAAUAUCCAUCACCAGCGACUGAGAAUCAAGUCUACGGUUGGAAUUUCAAGCCCCUCGUUCCCCUGGACCGCAACGACCAACGCUUCUACCAUCCGAAGAGAGAGAGCAAACACACCAAAAUCGAAAUUGUCAUCCUUAUGUCCAACCCUAAGAAAAGAACAUAAGAAUUAUGUACGGCGUACCCUGGCAGACUGCUCGAGCAUCUUUUUAUAUAAUAAUCCAGUUAAUUGAUGAAACUCCUGUUAUUUAUUAACUUAU